AUCUUACAAAUAUUCCGCUUGUGCUCAACACCAGUGCAGGCCCAGUGGAAAUCAAAGACACUGCAGUUACAACAGGUGAGCUUUGUCAUUCUCUGCUCCUGACUUUGACUCCCCUGGGUCAAGUGGAAUCUCCUGCUGACAGGAAAGCCUCCUCCCAGCAGCACCCCAUCAGCAGCACUUAUGCACCACAACAGAGCUGCCCUCCAGAAAUAUGACUCCCAUGCAGUUCUGCAGAUCUCCAAAUGGGAGCCCUGCGAGAGGGAUGCUGCCACCCCAUGUACCGAGGGAACCUAUGGAACCUGGAGCCCAUCUCCCUCCAUUCUUCCAUCAUGCUGGAAUCCCUAUGGUUAAAGGGAAGUAUAACUAACCCAGUCAGGAUGCCAAUCCAUCCAUAUUAUCCAUGCAUUAUUGGGGCCUCCUGGCAAGGUAAGGGAACAUUAUUGAUCCCAGCCCAGGAUCCCAACCAACCCAUGUCCUCUAUACAGGUGUUACAUUCAUUCAGUUUUUCAUCAACAUUUUCAUUCAUUCCUUCAAAAUUGUCCUGAGGGGCUGGGGCUUACCUCAGUAGAUGUCAUCAAUGUUGAAGGCCAGCGAGACCUCAGAUCAUCUUUAAGAGAUCAAUUCUGCUACUAGCCUUGGUACAUGUUGACUAGAAUUAUUCUGAGAAGCCGUACUGUCCUCUAGAAAUUCAUUGAGACCACAAAACAAAAUUUUGCAGUUUUCAACAUUCAGCGCUGAUUGGUUGUGAAUCAGGAAAACGUCCACUAUAAGCCACAAGUGUGCAAAACUAGUAAUUUACAUAAUUUUAUAGACAUGAGCUAAUCUUUGACCACUAACUACAGUAAAUCAGCACCAUUUGAUGCCCCUUUUAGGUUCAGGCUCAAAACUGUAUUUAUUUUACUGUAACAGUUACUGGCAAGUAUCAGAAAAUAUUUAGUUUGACUAAAUAAUGUACAUUUUGUGUUUCCUCCCUGCCAGUGUGUACCUCGGAAGGCAGCAACAUGCAGUGCAGGUGUGAAGAUGGCUACAGUUGGACUGCUGACCAGUGCCUCUCAUAUGAAUCAUGUCCAGGCAGCAACAUCUGCAGCUGCAUCAAACUUCUGAACUCCAGUGGGCCAUAUUGCCAGAAACUGCUUCCAAGUGACCUGUGCAAUAUAAAUUCUGCUCGGUCAAAUCUCACUACACAACUUGAAUGUCCUCCUGGUCAAAAUGGAGCUAUCAUUAAAAAGUGCAAUGAUGGGAUUUGGGAAACGGUGACAGACAGCUGCAUUUUGUCCCAAGUACAGGAUCUUCUGAUCUCAUCGCAGGAUUUAAAAAGUGGAAACAUUUCAACAUCUUUGUUAAAUCAGUUUGUUGAGAAAGUGAAUUCCAUUGCCUCAUCAUUUAAAAGCAACAUUACACAGUCUCCGGCAGCCAUUUCUACUCUGGUUGAUAUCCUGAGCACCAUUUCAGCUGCAUCAAUAAAUAAAACCAUAUCACCCAAUGUACUACAGGGCUUUUUUGGCACUGUAGACAUUUUAAUUAGCCAAGAAUCCCUUACAUCAUGGAAUUCUUUGAACCAAAAUACAUCCGAGACAAAAAGUUCAUCUUUGUUGCAGUCUGUGGAAAGUUUUUCUAGAUCACUUUCCACAAAUUCUUCUUUCAGCUUUAUUUCUCAAAGUAUUGAUUUGAGAGCAAACCUAGUCAAUAAUAAAAGUUACAGUGAAACAUUUCAGAAUUUCCCCGCUGCUGGAGGUGUAAUCAUACCAGAACCGGCUUUGGUUCAGCUGCCUCGCAGUGCAGCCAUUGUCAGCAUUGCUUACCUCACCCUUUCACAAAUACUUCCAAACAGGAGCAGCAUCAACUCCUCUGUGAACAGCAUCAUCAUGACCACCACAGUUACAAAUGGCAAUAUUUAUAACAUUUCAUUAACUUUCCAAAAAAGCCAGGAGUCAUGGGUUGAUCCACUUUGUGUCUUUUGGAAUUUUUCCCUUUUCAAUAAUAAUGGUGGAUGGGAUACUUCAGGCUGUAAGGCACAAUCUUUGGGAAACAGCAUUGUGUGUGUCUGUGAACAUUUGACAACUUUCUCAGUCUUGAUGUCACCUGAAACGGACUUCUCUUCUCCAGUACUGGAUAACAUUACUUAUGUUGGCCUUGCUAUUUCGAUGGCUAGUCUGAUUUUAUGUCUCAUCAUUGAAGGAAUUGUUUGGCACUACGUAACUAAAAAUAAAACCUCCUAUAUCCGCCAUACUUCCAUCAUCAAUAUUGCUUUCUCUCUGCUAUUGGCGGAUAUUUGGUUUAUCAUUGGGGCUGCCAUUGACAAGAGUAUACCUGCAUGCAUCGCAGUCACCUUUUUUACACACUUUUUCUAUUUGUCCUUAUUUUUUUGGAUGUUAUCAUUAGCACUUCUUCUUCUCUUCCGUAUAGUAAUGGUUUUUAAAGACAUACCAAAAUCCCACAUGAUGGCAAUUGCUUUCUCUCUUGGAUAUGGAUGCCCUCUUAUUAUAGCUGUUGUCACAGUAGCAGUUACUUUUCCAAAGGACCAGUAUAAAAGAAGCAAUGCUUGUUGGCUCAGCUGGGAAAAUUCAAUGGCUCUCCUGGCAUUUGUUAUACCUGCCUUGAUUAUCAUUGCCUUUAACCUGAUUACUCUGUGUGUGGUUAUCUUCAUGCUACUGAGGCGCACGGUUGGAGACAAUCCAAAAUCAAAUGAAAGAAACACACUAAAAGUUGUAGCUCGGAGUAUUGGAAUUUUAACACCCCUUUUGGGACUUACAUGGGGAUUUGGUAUUGGAACAGUUGUUGCCCCGAACAACAUAGGAAUCAAUAUGGUAUUUACGAUACUCAACGCUCUGCAGGGAUUCUUUAUACUAAUCUUUGGGAGUUUGCUGGAUUCAAAGGUGCGGAAUGCCUUAUUAAGAACAUUCUCAUUACAAAAAUGGACUUCACAGCAAACACGGACUGUAUCAAGCUACAAGAAUAUAUCAAAGUCAACAAAGAAAUUCUGAGGCAAAUGCUGAAACCUUUCAUGAUUUCAGGAUUUUAUAAGGGACCUGCAUCAUGGAAAAGAACAUUUACAGAAAAAACAUACAGAUUUUUUUUUACAAUUAACCAUUUCUAUUAUUUAUGAAAAACAAAUGUGAUACUGAGUUAAAUAUGCAAACAUAGUUGUGAAAGACACCUACAGUGUUUUUACUUAUAAAGACAGUGAUGAGUAAACUAUGUCCAACAGGUAAAAUUAAAGACUCAACAGAUUUAAAAUCUUUUACUAUGUCUUUUUGCACCAACCCCACACAAAUCUUCGAUUUCACCUAGCAGCAGAGUUCAUAAAGAACUGACGGCUGUGAAAGAAUCACAAACAUACUCAAAAACAAGCAAGGAAAAACGAAGUAUAAAUUGUCUCUUCAGAUGGAGCUCAAGAAUGAACUGAUUAACAAUGAACACAAUGGCGGCUAUAUAGAGUUAUGACAGGAAGGGGUGUGUCCAGGAGACUGGACUGGAAGUGAGGUCAUCAGGCAGGCUUUCCUUCACUACGUCUUCAGAGGAGGAAGGAGAGAAAAUGUCAGGUGACAACACCAACCCCUGGUCUGGCGGACAAUUACAAUUAUUGAAGCACAUAAACUGUUUCCCAUGUGCAGGUGUGUGUCACAACAUAGUACAGUUUAGAAAAUCACAAGAUCUACUAGACCAAUGAGUAUUAGGGGGUCUGCAGAUUUCUGUCAAGUCACCAGCAUUAUCUCAGCUCCAGUAGCGAGCUAUAGGGUCACUACCCAUAAGCCCACAAUGUGGCAAAGCCACUGCAUGUAGCCCUGGAUACAGAAGGACACCAGAGGACUAACAAUGAAUUGAAAAACUACAGGAAAGAAACUCAUGCUGGAGACGCCGCAGUCCAAGUCAUUACAGAGGUCUGAAAAACAACGCACAUAAUUACACUUGUAUUGAGCUGGAGUAAAAUCUAUUGAUAAUUUACAAGUGUUAUAUUAAAAAAAAAAUCAUUUCUAGAAAUAGCAGUUUAUUAAUAAAUAAAUUGUUAAAAUGAUAAAUUUUGAAAAGAAAUAUUUUAUUCUAACUACCACUUAUGGAAAACUUAUAAGUACACAAAAUUCUUCAUGUUAAAGUGUUUGUUGUAUUGGAAUGCUGAAUGCUGUUUAAUUACAUUUCCCACAAACAUUUUAAGAUUAUUUGCUGUCAUGCAUUGCAGAGAUAGAAUUCAAUGAGCUCAAUGAGUACAAAACUGUAAUAAAGUAAUUUAAAAUGAAAAUGGUAAGAAGUAGUCUGUUUUAUCACAGAAGUUACAUGUUGUGCUGUUUAGUACUCGGUCUUCAGUGGACGUCACUCCUCUUGUUUUGUUUGCUUUUUCUUGUAACAUCUGCCAUUAAAAGAGACAUCUGGUC